AUCCUUCACGGAAUCCAAGCGUCCAAGCGGAUCGCGACGAAAUGCUGCGCUGGAGAAGUGGAAUUGGAUAAUGGUUCCGCUUUUGGCUUUUUUUUUUCUCCCCCUUUUACCUCCGACAAGAUUUUAUCGUCGCGAAAAUGGAUAAUCGUCGUCCUUGUUGCGACGCGACGGUGCUGAUCCGGAAGUCAAGAACGACGCGCGGAAAUGCUUCUCUCCAUCGCCGGAACCACUCCGGCUUCUUCCUGGCUCCACUCGACAUCUUCGAGUCCCCACCACUUCGGCGCCCGCCAUCCGCUCCUGCCCAAAUCCCUCUUCCCCGCUUUCGAAGCCCGCUUCCUCGAGAGGCUGCUGCACCCGCCGCGGCGCGGCGCCGGAGCCGAGCGACCCGCGCUCGUCACGAGGGCCGUCAAUGCCUCGCUGAUGGAGGCGCCCCUUCUCUGGGCCGGGAGGCUCUGCGUCUUCUACGCCCUGCUCAAGGCGGGCUUGGCUGGAUCUGAAGCCAACCCACUCGUCUCAGAGCUGGAGAGUGGUGAAUCUGGUGAUCUGGGUUUCUCCGAGUGGCUCGGGAGCUUGCAGAAGAAACCAGAGAAGGAAGCAGCUGACCGGCGAAAAUUGGUGAGUAAAUGGCAUCCUACAACAAAGGGUACUCUCAGGCGAAACUACCGAGUACCUUCCAAGUCCGAAGGGCGGCGCCUUCUAAAAGCAGUUGCGUCCUUGCUCUCUGAGGAUGAUCACUUCACAGAUGCCACUUCCCACAAGGGCUGUCAAAUUAGAAGAGAGAGCGCGCAUGGAGAAAGCGUAUGUUGCAACAAUGUGAGGGCUUUAUUCGAUGAACUCCCAACUCCACAUUUAAUCGUGGAAAUCACGCCUUUCCCUGCUGGGCCUCUCACAGAGAAGGACUAUGCCAAGGCCGAGAAACUAGAACGGGUGCUCAGAUCUGGUCCUUCUGUUUGAGCCCUUUUACGGGUUGGGGGGCUAUCCACCCUGUAAAUAACAAUUAUAGUAGUAUGGACGUUUGUGCUGUUAUUCGAGUUCUGUCGUGUGAGCUCUCUUUUUCAUCUGGUUUUCAUUUCUUAUAUUUUGCUUAUCAGCUGCAAAUGGCGUUCAUCGGUUUUGUUUA